CAAAGCUGUUGCUAAAAUCAUAUUAUGACAUUGUAAGGAAGAAUAUUGAGGACUCGGUACCAAAAGCAAUCAUGCAUUUCCUGGUAAACCACACAAAACGUGAGCUGCAUAACGUCUUCAUCAAGAAGCUUUACAGGGAGAACUUGUUUGAAGAAAUGUUGCAAGAGCCAGAAGAGAUAGCAGGUAAACGGAAACGCACGCAGGAGACUCUCCACGUUCUUCAGCAAGCUUACAGGACACUAGAUGAGUUGCCUCUGGAAGCAGAUUCAGUGUCAGCAGGGAUGUCGAAACAUCAGGAGUUGCUGACAUCGUCAAAGUAUUCCACAAGCGGUUCACGCUCAGCAUCUCCCAGUACAACAAGAAGAUCGAGAAGAGCAGGAGAUCAACACCAAAAUGGAUACGGAUUCUAACAUGAUCCAAAUAUCGAAAAUCUCUAGACUGUGAUAACGCAUUUCAUUCAUUUAAUGGCUCUCUCAGGUUUUGGUUUUAAAUUUAUGUGUUGGUUAAAUGAAGAAUCUAUAUAGGAAAUACUGGGACAGUGUGGGUUUUUGGAGCCUGCAUUGGUUUGACUGAUAAUAGGGAGUGAAGGUGAUAUAUAGUUUUACUAUUUGUUUCAAAUGCUCCCUGCAAACAAUAACGGGAAGCAAACUCUUUCACUCCGAUUUCUUGGGAUGGCUUUAACUUAAUAAGUUGUAUUACAUGAUCGGUCCACAUGACCUUUUUUCUUUUUUUUUUUGGACAUCAAAAUUCCAUAUCAACAGGACGACCUUAAUAAAUUGUAGACUCUUUACUU